UUCUCAGGUAAAAUAAACUUAAACUCUACUACAACAAAAUGUCUGGACGCGGUAAAGGAGGCAAAGUUAAGGGAAAGGCAAAGUCCCGUUCAUCUCGUGCUGGUCUCCAGUUCCCGGUAGGCCGUAUUCACCGUCUGCUGCGAAAGGGAAACUAUGCCGAACGCGUCGGUGCUGGUGCUCCCGUAUAUUUGGCAGCCGUUAUGGAAUAUUUGGCUGCUGAAGUUUUGGAAUUGGCAGGAAAUGCUGCCCGUGACAACAAGAAGACCCGUAUUAUCCCGCGUCAUCUGCAAUUGGCCAUCCGUAACGACGAGGAGUUGAACAAACUUCUGUCCGGUGUCACCAUUGCCCAGGGAGGUGUCUUGCCAAACAUUCAAGCCGUUCUGUUGCCCAAGAAGACCGAGAAGAAGGCCUAAGCGACUAACCCAUCAAAAAAUACGUCCUUUUCAGGGCGAACAAAAUUGUACAUGAUGAGUUUAAGCAAUUUAUAACUAGCGUUAUUUUAACUGAUUUAUCCCAACUAUGCGAUGCAAACCUUAAAUAUACUUUAAUGUUUCUACUUUAUAUUCUUGAUAUAUUUUCAUAUUUUACUUAGAAGUGAAUCUCACAAUGUAGAUUUUUUUUCAUUUAGAUAUAAAAAGUAACAACAUUGCCCAUAUAUAAAUAAAUAUUUAUUAGAAUAGGAAAUAAAUUUCAAAAAAUAAAAAAAGCUAA